GACCCCAAAAAGCUGUGUAAGAGCCAGACGCGUCAGCCAUAUAAAUAUAGAGAAAGUGAGGGAGCAAAGAAGAACACUUUAGCUCUUUAGCUUGUUUCAUUCUUUUCUGGGUGCUGUGUUUUCAUCCUUUUGCUUCUGAUCCCCUCCAGAAUUCAGAGAGAGAAUUCGAAGUGAAUUGUGGGCGAGAAGAAUAUAUUCGAGGCAUACGUAAAAUCAGGGGGCUUUGACGAGUGCAUAUCGGAGGAAAAUGAUGAAUAACUCUGUCUCAGAUAACAGCUUUUACAUCGAGAGUGAUGAAGAUGAGGAAAAGGAGCUUAACAAAGAAGAAGCUGAUGCUGAUGGCAAUGAUUCAGAUUCUUCAAAUUUUUCAAAUGAAAACCAGCAGUCGAACAAACCCAGUUCGUAUAACGUCUCAUGGCCGCAGAGUUACAGGCAGUCAAUGGAUCUAUACAGUAGUGUGCCGUCACCAAAUAUCGGAUUUCUGGGCACUCCCUCACUGUCCAGAUUAAGCAGCUCCUUUCUUUCCACAUCUCUGACAAGAAGGCACACUCCUGAAACGCUACCUUCUGCAAAACCUCUGUUACAACCCACAGCUGAUGAGCCACAGAGGCGAAGCUCUCAUACUUUGCUUCCUCCUAUUCCUUCUAGAAGGUCUAUGAUUAAGAAGGAUGCUGCAAAGGUUUCUCAUGAAGUCCCAAUUCCUCGCCAUUGCUCUUAUGGACAAGCUGUGCUUAAUGGCAUAAAUGUUCUUUGCGGCGUAGGAAUCCUUUCCACCCCUUAUGCUGCCAAAGAAGGUGGAUGGCUUGGGCUUUCUAUUUUAUUAAUUUUUGCAGUUCUUUCCUUUUACACGGGGAUCCUCUUGCGUGCCUGCUUGGAUAGUGAACCUGGGCUGGAAACGUACCCUGACGUUGGCCAAGCUGCUUUUGGAACUACAGGACGUAUUGCCAUCUCAAUAGUGCUGUACGUGGAACUAUAUGCUUGUUGCAUAGAGUAUAUAAUUCUGGAGAGCGAUAACUUGUCUUCAUUAUUUCCAAAUGCAAGCUUAAGUUUGGGUGGUGUUGAAUUGAAUUCACAUGUUCUAUUUGCACUGUUGACCACCUUGGCUGUUCUUCCUACUGUUUGGCUCCGUGACCUAAGUAUUCUCAGUUACAUCUCAGCUGGAGGAGUUGUUGCAUCAAUUUUGGUGUCUCUUUGCCUGUUGUGGAUUGGGCUGGUAGAUGGAGUUGGCUUUGAGCACAAAGGAACACCAUUGAAUCUUGCGAGUCUCCCUGUUGCUUUGGGUGUAUAUGGUUACUGUUAUUCAGGACAUGCGGUGUUCCCAAAUAUCUAUACAUCAAUGGCAAAUCCAAAUCAAUUCCCUGCAGUGCUAUUAGCAUGCUUUGGUAUUUGUACCUUGUUGUAUGCUGGGGUGGCUGUUAUGGGGUACACAAUGUUUGGUGAAGCUACACUUUCUCAGUUCACACUUAACUUGCCUCCAGAUUUAGUGGCCACCAAGGUUGCUGUGUGGACUACGGUGGUCAAUCCAUUCACCAAGUAUGCAUUGACUAUAUCUCCAGUAGCAAUGAGUCUGGAGGAGUUGAUACCGGCAACCAACGCUAAGUCUUAUCUAUAUUCCAUCUUCAUCAGAACAGGACUGGUAGUUUCUACGCUCGUUGUUGGUCUUUCAGUUCCCUUCUUUGGUCUGGUGAUGUCGUUGAUUGGUUCUUUACUCACAAUGCUUGUUACGUUGAUUCUUCCAUGUGCUUGUUUCCUGAGAAUCUUGCGUGGCAGAGUCUCAAGCCUUCAGGCAUCACUUUGCAUUGCAGUGAUCACAGUAGGAGUUGCAUCAUCUGCCUAUGGAUCCUACUCGGCCCUCACCAAGAUUAUUGAAAGCUUGAAACAAUGAAGUUCUUAUGGCUUCACAACUCCGCAAAAUCCUUGUUCUUAUUAUGAUUGAGCUUCUUUAUCGUCUUUUUCUAAUAAAUUUCCACCAAUUUUGUUUCCUUCGCCUGAGGCUGUCCUGCAUCGUUUUUUUGGUUGCUGGUUGUUCUUUCUACUUUGUCAUUUGUCCAAGUUAUAGGACCAGAUGAGAUUACCAUUGAGAGGGUUUUUUUAGAUUGUUUUUGUUUUGUUUUUUAAUCCAAAACACACAGCUGUAUUUAUUUCAUUCCAAAGAUUAAUAUUUGUUGCUAGUUAGUCGGAUCUUA